UUUCUGAAAAUCAAUCAGAAGUUCAGUUGAGUGUUUCAUGGGACUCUGACCAGUCCAUGUUCGGCCUGAUCCGUCAAUUGGCGGCUGGAAGAAGCGUCGCGAAGUGCGAGGUUUGAGCUGGGGAAAAGCGUUUGAUAACGUUGGAGUGUCUUUAGUGAAGGAAGUGCCUCUGAGUCGACAUGAGCCACAUAUUCUCUGGCACUUGGGAAUCAAUCGAUAGAGCCAUUGUACGAUGUGUUGUGACCGAGUAAUUGUGUCAAUUGUGGCUUCUCACUUGAAAUUAGAUUGAAAGAAAAUUUGGUCAGAACGGUAUUGCUUUGAGCUCAUUUUGUGUGAAAAUUGCGCGAGUGGAAUAUUAAGAGGGCAGAAAAAAUUCUCUGGGGACUCCUCGAGACUGCUGAAUUUUAACCAGGCAGCCGCAGUAUCUUUUAAUGCUGUGGACAGUGUAAAAAUUACCUGUGCAGACCUACCUACGCACUUUUAAGUAAAAAAAAAAUCACACAGAACAUUAUUGUUCUUUCUGAUUAAGAUACUCAUCGUCACAAGAGGUUUGUGACCCUUCUUUUGGUGCUAGUCCAGGCAGUCUGCCAAGAAGUGCUCAGCUGUGGACAGGAGGAGCUCAUAUCUGAUACCCGAAGUACAUCCCAGAAAAUGUGAAAAUGUGCAGAAAAUUGACGCGAUAGAAGUUUUUUUUUGCAAAGCCAAUUUCCGUUUUUAAUUAAUUCUACAUGGGAUUUUGCAAUCAUAUAAAAGCAGUGUGUUGUACAAGUGCUUAUGACAAGAACGGAAGUGAUAAUGUUGGCGCAUGUGUUCAAAAAGUGGAUAGAAAUCGCUCUAAUUUUAUUUUUAGCUGUGAUUGUAUCGCCAAUUCCCAUUGCCGUGGAACAGAGAAGUACCCUAAGAUGGGGUCCAUGCAUUUGGGUAGUGGACAGAAAAUGCCCGGACAGCGAUAUCAAACUCUUCCUGUUCACCUCAAGGAACCCCACAGAGCGACAAUUCAUCUAUGUAGAUUCAACAUGGGAAAAAUCCAACAUAUCUACCUCAUACUUCAAUCCACUCCAUCCCACAAAGAUCAUCAUCCAUGGAUACAACUCGGACAUGUAUUUGAACAGUUUGAUUGAAAUGCGAGACGAAUACCUCCAAAGGGGCGAUUUUAAUUUAUUUUUUGUGGACUGGAGCAUCUUGGGACAGAGUCCUUGCUACCUAAUGGCUGUUCAUAAUGCCGAUCAUGUGGGAGAAUGCAUUGCGCAGUUGAUCCAUCGGCUCCUGGAGACUGAGACCACAGAUAUUCAUCUCAUAGGUUUCUCUUUGGGUGGUCAGGUGACUAACUUUGUGGCUAGGCACGCAAAACCCUUCAGGAUACCCAGGAUAACCGGUUUAGAUCCUGCACUGCCCCUCUACAUUGGAGUCAGCAAUGAUGAGAAGCUAGAUGCUUCUGAUGCUGUCUUUGUGGACGUCCUGCAUACAAAUGCAUUGGUCCAGGGGAAGAUUGAGAGAUGCGGUCAUGCGGAUUUUUACUUUAAUGGAGGGAUCCUUCAGCCAGGAUGUUGGUCAAAUGGUCAAAAUCCCAUCGUUUGCAGCCACCACCGAGCUCCAGACUACUACAUGGAGAGCAUAAGGAGUUUCCGUGGCUUCUGGGGAUGGCAAUGCGACAGCUACAUCAACUACUUGCUGGGAUUCUGUCGUCCAAGCGACAAUCUACGAGAAGCUGGAGAAAAUUGCAAAAACACCACGAGAGGAAUGUUUAUCAUCAGUACAAAUCCCAGCCCACCUUUUGCCAUGGGCAAAUGGACAGAUGUCCUGAAGAAUAGUGGCCUGAAAUCGAGCCUAGUUGAGGAAUAUUUAACGCCAAUUAAGAGAAAAAAUCCCCUACAGGAUGAACUAGAUCAAUGGGGAAAACUCGAUGGGACAUUCAACAACAUCAUGAACUUCCCCACACCUAUUGCACAGGAUCCCAUUCACGACGACUGGCUGUACUUCAGUCACCAAGGCACCAAACGCAUCACAGAACAACUCUUUGGGCAUCUCAUGCCAAAUGAAGUGAAUGAGAUUGUAGACAAUACUCUUCAAGCAGAUGCUUUUCAAUCUGGGGAGAAACUCCAAUCAACCACAGAAAGGGCAGAAAUCAACCACAAAGCCAAUCACAUAAAUGAUCCAAUUGUCUACAGAGAAAAGAUCAUUCGGGAAUAUGUGAAAAAUGUCACCGGCUACGAAGAUACCUUCCCAUUGCCACUUUACUGAACUAACUUAAAAAAAACGUACAUAAAAGUCCAAUAAAAAUAACUGAGAUCAGC